AUGAAAUCCCAUGCUCUGUUGGAGAAGAGGCUGCUAGUCUGUGGACUUGAGAGUGUCUUUUACAGCUCGCUCGUCAUAAACGCCCUGCCGUUGAGGUGGGAAUUUGCAUUCACUCGCGUCGGACAAUCCUCACCGCUCUGCCGUCAUUCUUAUGCCGUGUUCUUUCAGACUUUUGCCGGUACGCCCCUCCCUUCUUGUCCCGAGCCCAUGCAGACGGGGCAAAAAGUGGAGGGCUCGGUUGAAUCAGCAGGACGGCGUAUCUUUGUCUGGCCAAUGAGAGAGCAGUUGCCCAGGCCCGGGUCGGGACAACCAACUUGUCUGAACCAGUAUGAGGCAAGGGUUCCAGGCCACUCAGGGCCAGAGCUAAUUAGGCCAUCAUGUACACAGCCCGCUGAGCGAUUAUGCCCGCGGGAAGCAGGUCGCAAAGCAAAGGGCAGGUAUUAG